AUGAAUCCCACUCCUCAGUCCGGUAAAGGCAGAGCGUCGGACGCACAAAAAGCUGCACGGACGCUGCCCGUACAAGGCAAUACGACGCCGAAGAAGGCCAACGUCUCCCAUGAUGAUACCGCACGGCUCGUAACGUCGGGGAAGGGAACGACGCGCGGUUCCAUCAGCGACAGGCCCAGCCCCUCGAAGGACAACAGGAUGCAUCCCUACGCACUUCUGGCGCACCAGCACCAGAAACUGCAAGAGGACUUUGCUAAAAACCUCCGCACACCAGGUCGACACGAAGCCGCUGAACGAUGGGCCAACUUCUGCGCGGAGGAUCAUUCAAAUUUGAAUGCACGCCCCGACGUCAUUGUUAUACGUCGGGACGGAGCCCCUCCCACUAUCAUGCCAUGGAACGAGGAACUAGCGAACGCAGCGGCGGCUUCCUCCAGCAACUCCCAUACGAAACGUUCUGGCGAUUCGGAUAACCGGGCUGCGAAAUCUACUGCUUCCUCCCGGACCGGCGGAGAGUCUCGCACCCAGGACAGGUCGCGCCCUGUGUAA